CCAGGUCCCCUCUUGGAGCACGUGAUCCUACUGCUGCCAAGAGCCUCGCCUCGCACCGAGCACUUACGCCAACUCUUGCGAGUUGAACAGGCUGCCGGGCAGCUCUCUUCAGUUCGCGCAGCAACGCAGCAGCUACAGUUAGACCGGCUGACGCACAACCGGAAGCGUGUCCAGGCUGCCCCAUUCUACUGUAAGCGACGCGCAAUAUGCGUCAGCUGCUGUGGCUGCCUGUGUUGCUGGCUGCGCUGCGGCCCACAAGCAGCAUCGACUUCCGCGACAUCAACGAGUUGGUGACCUUCCUCACCAAAACGCUGCCCGGCGUGAUCCAUAUGGCUGAAGCCAACAACAGCGAGGAAGAUGGCCCUAGCAUGCCAAUAAUGGCCAAUAAGGAAGAGAGGGAGCUCGUGGGCCGCUUGAAACAGGUGGAGUACCAGCUGGACCGCGUCGCGAUGCACAGUGCGGAGGCGGCACGCCAGGCUGCUAUGCUAAUACGCACACUGCCGCAGCAGCUGCGCUUCGAACUACAACUGUCUGAGCUCGACAGGCUGCUGUCCAAGGUGCGCGUGGCGGACGAGCAGCUUCAAGAAUAUGUAAUUAACGGUUGGGACAACGAAACCAACGGCUGGAUCAUCGAGCGGGCCACAAUCGAGGACUUGGCGUUCAGCAUCGUGUCGCACCGCGAGGGUUCCGUGCGGGCCGCACUCGACCGCCUGGACGAUCUGCUCCAAGGCUCCUUCCACGGUUCCCCGCUCCUUAUCAGACUCGCCCUCUCUAUGCGUGAAAUAAAUUCAAAUACCUGCAGCUUUCAGCAGUCUCCACAAUUAGUCAUCUACAACUUAUACAGCUCUAUAACCCUCACAGAACUAAAGGGUUAUGCUAUGAUGCAAUUUUCAUGGAUGCUGCUACGACUUUAUGGAAAAGGCAACUUCACUCUUGAAGCAGAAAUGAUGCACAGGACAUACAAAGAACGAGCUCUCAUGAAGUUGGAAGCAGCAAGAGCUGCCAUGAAGUUUGCAAGUCGUCAUAUGUGGCAGUGUGACCCACAUGAGCAUGAAGAAGGCAAAACAUAUGAACGACUUACUCGCUUGCUGCAAGGCCACAUCCAAAAUGAAGUUGAUAUGAAUUCUGAAAAUUCCUGUGGAGAGAACUGUGCAUAUUACACAUAUGCUAAGGAUCCUGGAUGUUUUGAUAGUAGAGUGUGCAAUCGUAUGCCACGAUGUGCAGGAAAAUUACAUGACUGCCGCUACAUUGACUCUGACAUGUGGAUUUGUGAGGCAGAGAAAAAUUCUAGUCGGCGUUAUGAAGGAAUUCGUUAUGAAAAUGGGCAGAAACUUGGUCAAUAUCACAGCUGUCAGAAUAAACGUGAAUACAAAGUUGACAGCUGGUGGCGAUGGAUUUUGUGGCACUGUUCUUAUUGUUUCUGUCUGUGUGAUGAACAAGGACCCAAUUCUGAUCGCUUUUUUAACCUACGACCUGUUGUUGCAGACACAAAUAACAACAUGGUAAUUACAGGAAUGCGCUUCACCAAAGUAAAACGUGUCAUUCAUCUGCAAAUAAGAGAAGGGCAGCUUGAACCAUUUGGAGGGAUAAAUGCUUCAUCCAUAAGAUGGCGACCAGUGGAUAAUUACAGCAUAACAGAUCCAAAGGUGGAAAAUGGAAAAGACUAUAAGACACUUAGCUGGGAACAGAGAGCUAUUGACUUAGACGAUCUUGAAGCACCACCAGGUCACGUGCUAACAGGUGUCAGGUUCCGUCCAGUUGGAACACAUCUUAAUCUGGAGAUAAUGGUUUCCCCAUUCAACUUCACAUCUGGAAAUCUCAUUAAACCACAAGAACAAGCAAUGUGGAUUGGCAAUGACAAUACAGAUGCAUCAGAUAAGCCAAGGACACAGCUGGAGCUCCCCAAUGCAGAUGUUCCAGUAAAAUCACCUACAGGAUCUGUUCCAGAUUCCCACACGGACCAGUUUCUUUUGUUUGACCACUCAGAUUUAAGCAACGAUGCUGCUCAAACAACAAUACCAUUUCUUGAUGCUCAGCUAAUAGAGCCACAACCACCUGCUCUUCUUGCUGGAGCAGGAAUUUAUCAUAAAGGGUCAGUUGGUUAUGGUGGAUUUGUAGCAGCCAAACUCAUAACCUACGAUUACAGCAAACACAUGAAGGUUCAAUUUCCAGAUUAAUGAAAAGACUGAUACAAAUGACGUGAUUGAAGUGAUUCACUCUCCAAAGUGAAUAGUCUCAACAAGACAGUCCUGUGAAAUGUGCAAAAAGUGCUUUGUGCAGAAAGUGUUUAGUGAAAUAUAUUUGUGUAAUCUGACCCUUCAGUGGCUGGCCCCUUAUAGGUUAAGUAAGCACUGAUGAAAUGUAAUAUACUGAGACAUUUAGCAAUAAAAGUUACCUGUAAAGAUUUUAAAAUGAGAUUCGUGGAAUCUGUGAGUGAUAGACAUUAAUCAAUGCAAAUGAUUCCAGGUGGGCAUAUACGAACAUUCUUCCUAUCUGAUCUCUUGCAUUAUCUUUUAGUGUCACCAAUUCUGACUUUUGUAUGUCUUUCAGAGAGUAAAUACAGUUUUCAUAAAAAUUUUCA